AUGUCUUCGUGCGCCGCCGGUUUCCCCUCUGUCGCGAUUCCUGCCCCGGCUUCAAUGGCGCGAUGCUACACGCCUAUUUUACCCAUGUCCCCCUGGCAGCGAUGGAGGCCAUCUUAA